GAGGGCAUGUAAACAAACAACGGCGUACAUUCGUAGCCGCCGUCUAGUCCCUCCUAGAGUCGUCCUAGGGUUUAACAAAACAAAAUUUGCCAACAGAAUCCUUUCUCUUUAACCCCUUAUUCUCAUAAUAAUUGAAGAACAGUGAGAAAUUUGAGAAGCAUAAAGGUGAAGAAUCAAGAGAAAAGCUGAUGGGUUCUAACGGGAACAAAAGAGGAAGCAAAAGAAAAGCAGGGAGACCCAAAAAUAAGAUGAAAAGAAUUGAUGAUUUGGGUAAAAAAAGUGAGGAGAUUGUGAGAGACAGUGUGGAUCAAAGGACUGUUCUUGAUUUGGAUGCCAUUGUUAGAGAUUAUAUCAGCAGAACCCGUCAAUUUUGCAAAGAUGGUCAAGAAAUUUGUAUUGUCAGUAGUAGUGAUGAUGACGAAAAUCGGAAUCAUGCAAAUAAAAUCAAGGACAAGGAGAUCGUUGUUGGUGGUAGUUGUAAAGAUGAUGAUAAUGAUGAUCAGAAUCAUAAAAAUGAAAAUAAGGACAAUGAGAUUGUUAUUAGUAGUGAUGAUGAUGAUGAUGGUGCUGAGGAUGAUGAUCAGAAGAUUAGAGAUGAACAUGAUGUGGAUAAGAAGGCUGCAGCCCCCCAAUGUGAAGAGCACGACGGAUAUCUUCCGGAAGAAGCUCUGUCUUCAGCGAAGAGACGCAAGAAUAGUGCAAUGGGAAAAGAUGAUGAAAAGAUUCAGAAGAUAGGGAGUAGGGGUUGGAACAAUAAUGAAAAAGGUAAAGAUGGCCAGACAAGUCGAGUUUGUAAGUCUGCUGGUUCUAAGCGAAAGGGUGGCGUAAUGACAGAUGAGAAUGGGAAUCCGAUAUCAACUAUGUGUCACCAGUGCCAGAGGAAUGACAAAGGUAGGGUCAUGGUAUGCAAUAACUGUAAUAAGCCUCAACAUAAAUUGCCAUAAGCCUUUUGGAAUAACAAGCACUGUUGAACUAGCAAGAUAUCUGAACACAGAAGACUGAUGGAUACUUUUCUUAACAUGAGAAAUAACAGUCAUACGGUUUUCAUGGUGUAAUAACAAAUCGACAAGAAUGAUUAUAGAAUGAAAGUAGAGGUGGAUGAAAAUUUUGAUGGUUCAGCUAAUUAGUUUAUGUUGACUUGGUUGCAGUUCCCUUUUUCUGCGAUUAGAUAUAGAGGGGAAAUGAAAUAUCAUUUAAAUUAUGAAAUAUCCAGACGCCUUUCUCUUUGGCUCACCACAUAGAUUAACAACUCAGAGGCAAUAUUUGUUUCUGCUAGGAAACAUCUCAUAUUCCCAAUUGAUUGCUUAGGUGCACCACCUCAAAAAUUAAUACUUCUGCAUCAGAUAAAGAUUUCAAGAGAGAGUAAGCACAUGGGUCUGUAUUUAUGUUACCCUACUGCUUCUUGUACCACUAAAUACAUGCUUCAGACAAGGAUUAGAAGGUUGAUUUUAUGUUUGAUUAUGUUAAAAUUCAGAUAACUGGACACCUAAAUAUUAAAGGCAGAGCUAUCGGACAAUCAAGAAAUUUGAUUAUCCUUGGUAUUUGUAGGGCAAGUUGUGUCUUGGUAAGCAGAGACACAUAUUCCAAACUCCUCCAACCUUGCUAUUCAUUCUGUAUUUGUAGGACAUCACCAUGUGCUACUGACUUAUUAUUUCAUUUUCAGUGUUCAAGAAACCUUCUAUAUAAACAUAGGGUAUUUGACAUAAAUCAACACAAGCUUACUAGAAAACCUUCAUUUCUUUCAUCAAGCAUCCUCUCGUCCUUCCCCUCUCGACAUCCAUUCUAAGAACACCAACUUAGAAUCAUGGGUAUCCGCAUGCCUCGUAUUCCUCAUGUCAAGAAAAUCUUUCAGGGGUCUUCUUUUUCAACUACAGCAGUUUCAGACGUCCCAAAGGGCUGCUUGGCAGUUUAUGUUGGGGAGAGCCAAAGAAAAAGAUUUGUUGUUCCUAUUUCAUACUUGGCUGAGCCUGCCUUCCAGGACUUGCUAUGUCAAGCUGAGGAAGAAUUUGGUUUUGAUCAUCCAGAGGGGGGUCUUACAAUUCCCUGCAGAGAAGAUGUGUUUACAGAUCUUGCCUCAAGCUUGAGAAGAAAAUCAUAGAGAAGAACCUGAUCAAAAUAAGUAGUUUAGAAAUUUUUUGUAAGCUAGUAGGAGAUGAGUUAUAGUAGGUUGGACCAUAGGCAUAAUUAUGCAAAUACUUUCUUCCUGUAUCUCUUGGAAUCAUUUUCAACGAGGAAGAUCUUUACUCAGAAUUUUGUAAAAUAUUAAACUAUUUACAUCCCAAUUAUAUUUUUAUGAUC